AUGCGGCAGAGGAAUCCGUCUUGGGAUAUCGACUUGUGCGACUAUAAUGGUGAUCUCACACUGGACCCAAACACAGUACACAGACUCCUCUCUCUGUCUGAGGAGAACAGAAAGGUGACAUGGAGGAGAAAGAAGCAAGAGCCGUAUCCUGAUCACCCAGAGAGAUUUAAGGACUGGCAGCAGGUGCUGUGUAGAGAGGGUCUGACUGGGCGCUGUUACUGGGAGGUAGAGUGGAGUGGGAGAGGUGCUGUUAUAGGAGUGACAUAUAAAGGAAUCAGCAGGAGAGGAGAGUUUAAUGACUGUUGUCUUGGAUACAGUGACAAGUCCUGGAGUCUGGACUGCUCUGACAAAAGUUACACUGCCUGGCACAAUAAUAAUGACACUACCAUAGACGUCCCCUCCUCCAGUCCCCACAGAGUAGGAGUGUAUCUGGACUGGCCAGCCGGCACUCUAUCCUUCUAUAGAGCUUCCUCUAACACACUGACCCACCUGUACACAUUCACCUCCACAUUCACUGAGCCCCUCUAUCCAGGGUUUUAUGUUUGGUAUGUUGACUCUUCAGUGUCCCUGGAAAUAAUAACCUGACACACACACACACUGGAAACACACACACACUGGACAC